CUUUUUGUGAGUGAUUCUCGUUGACACCAACGGCUAUUGGUGGUACAGAAAAGUUAGGUCACAGACACACAUGGCUGCUGCUGCUGCGGCGGCGAGAGCGGUGGUUGCAGCAGGAAACCAUGGCUGUCUAACGACGUCGUAUUUAUUUCUCCACAGACCAUUCUCAGCCACAAGAACAAACAUAAGCAGGGCUCUUCGUCUGAAUCCUAAUCUCAAUGGAUGGCCCAGGAGGCGCUUCACUUGCAGAGCUGUCUACAAUCCGGAGGACGUUCUGAUCAAAGAGGAAGGGCAGCUCAAAACCCUGGAUUACCGUGUCUUUCUUGUCAAUCACUCCGGCAAAAAGGUAUCUCCUUGGCACGAUAUACCGUUGCGCUUGGGCAAUGGGAUUUAUAAUUUUAUCGUUGAGAUACCUAAAGAUACAAGUGCAAAAAUGGAGGUUGCUACUGAUGAGCCAUACACUCCUAUAAAGCAGGACACGAAGAAGGGAAAACUUCGUUACCAUCCCUACAACAUAAAUUGGAACUACGGACUUCUUCCUCAGACUUGGGAAGACCCAUCAUUUGCUAACUCUGAUGUUGAUGGAGCAUUAGGAGAUAAUGAUCCAGUUGAUGUUGUUGAGAUUGGAGAGAGGCAGGCAAAAAUUGGUCAAAUCCUUAAGGUCAAGCCACUAGCUGCUUUAGCUAUGAUUGAUGAGGGGGAGCUUGAUUGGAAAAUAAUUGCGAUUUCAUUGGAUGACCCAAGAGCUUCAAUUGUGAAUGACAUUGAUGAUGUCGAGAAACAUUUUCCGGGUACUCUCACUGCAAUCAGGGAUUGGUUUAGAGAUUACAAAAUCCCAGAUGGAAAACCUGCUAGCAGAUUUGGUCUUGGCAACAAGGCAGCAAACAAGGAUUAUGCUUUAAAGGUCAUCAAUGAGACAAAUGAGUCUUGGGCUAAGCUAAUCAAGAGAUCUACCCCUGCUGACAAUCUUUCACUUGUGUAAAUUUAAUCAACACUGUUGGCUAAUUAUGCUGCUGCUUGCAAUUGACACAUCAAAAGACUAUUCUUCCUGUGUGAGCAAAGAGUUCCCACUUGAUUUUUACUUUGAAUAAUCAUUUUUAUGUACAUGACACUAUUGUUUUACUCAUUGCCUGCUCUCUUGGAACUGA